CAGCCUGCUCCUCUUCAUCCUCCUCCUCAUCCUCCUCUUCGUCCCAUGAUGCGGACCCCACCUCAGGAUCUAUAACAUCUCCUCCUCCACGCGCCGUCUCUUCUCCUCCUUCUCCUCCUUCUUCUCCUCCUUCUCCUCCUGGAUCGAUCCAGUGAUGUCGUGGUGUCCACAGAUCUGAUACAUCAGAGCUGAGGGAGGACCAGGGACGUGGAUAAACCUCUGACGCCAGCUCCACCUCGCUCCAGGGCUCUCAGAAGGUUCCUCACCAGGUUCUCCAAAGGGUUCUCUGUGCUGCUCUGGAACGCUCCAUACGCCUCAGGGCCUCAGACCUUCAUGCGUCUCCCAGCGGCAGACUCCACCCACACCUCCACCCACCACACCACCACCACCACCACCACCACCACCAUGAGCUGUGACCGGGAGUUUGGAGACGGGGCCAUGGGCGUCACGCUCACACUGCGGCUGCUCAUGCACGGGAAGGAAGUAGGAAGCAUUAUCGGCAAGAAAGGAGAAACAGUGAAGAGAAUACGAGAAGAGAGCAGUGCCAGGAUCAACAUCUCAGAGGGUUCCUGUCCGGAGAGGAUCAUCACCAUCACAGGGCCGACGGACUGUGUGUUCAGAGCCUUCACCAUGAUCACAUUCAAACUGGAGGAGGACCUGUCGGCCUUGGUGGCUAACGGCACAGUGACCAGUAAACCUCCCGUCACCCUGCGGCUCGUGAUCCCGGCCAGUCAGUGUGGCUCGCUCAUCGGGAAGGGAGGCUCUAAGAUCAAGGAGAUCCGAGAGACGACAGGAGCUCAGGUGCAGGUAGCAGGUGACCUCCUCCCUAACUCCACAGAGCGAGAGGUGUCGAUAUCAGGGAGUCAGGACGCCAUCAUCCAGUGUGUGAAGCUCAUCUGCACCGUCAUCUUAGAGUCACCACCGAAGGGAGCGACCAUUCCAUACCGACCCAGCCCGACCCCAGGACCUGUGCUAAUGGCAGGAAACCAGGUGUACGAGGCGUCGGACUUCAGCUCUCACCCUCUGUUCUCUGUGUCUCAGGGAGGAGUCGACCUGCAGCAGAUCCACUCUCCUCUUCACUUCCUGUGGAAUGUCAAAAAUCUCAGACGCUCUUCAGGUGAAAUAAAAACGUACGCGGUGCAGAGCCACUAUGGCGUCCCACACUCUGAGUUGGCGAAACUCCACCAGCUGUCAAUGCAGCAGCAGGGCCUCGCCCCCAUCAGCCAAUCAGCUGCUCAAGGCUUGGAAGCUAGUUGUCAGACCACCUCUCAGGAGCUCCUCAUUCCAAACGACCUGAUUGGCUCCAUCAUCGGGCGUCAGGGCACCAAGAUUAACGAGAUCCGUCAGGUUUCUGGAGCUCAGAUAAAGAUCGGCAGUCAGCUGGACAGCACCAGUGAUCGGCACGUCACCAUCACCGGCACGCCCAUUGCCAUCCACCUGGCUCAGUACCUGAUCACUUCAUGUUUAGAGACCGCCAAAUCCACCGCCCAGUCCUCCUCCAUGCCGUCUCCCGUUGACCUGACCAUGAGCUUCACCCAGCCCGCCCCCCCCGCCUCGUCCUCCUCCUCCUCCCCCCUGGCAGCGAUGGGCGCCGCGAUGCCCCCCGCUCCCCUCCUGGGGUCUCCCUACGCCUUCCCCCUCUCCAGCCUCCUGGGAGUGAAGUCCAUCCCCUACCUGGCCCUCUCCAGCCCUCCUGCCUCAGCCAUCGGGGGUCCCUUGUUACCAGGCUCAAUGCAGACGGCAGCGUCGGCAGCCGUCCCGGUGCAGGCUCAUGCGGUGGCGGCCCUGGCGUCCUACACGGCGAAGAUCUCCUCCUCAGCCAACGGGAUGAAGAAGCCGGAGAGACAGAAGUUUGCUCCGUACUGAAGAGGAGAGGAAACGUCACUGAGGUAUCUGGUCUCAGACUGAGGGCAGUUUCAUUUCCCUUCUGUUUCUCCAUCACUCUCUGGUGCACUUUCUCACUCUCUCACUUGUCUGUCUUUGUCCCUUUCUUCCAUUUGUCUCGUGUCUCUGUGGAAGUGGGAUCACUGGAAGACGUUUGUCUCUGAUAGUCUCAAUGUGAUGGGGGUGCAGGAAGUGACUGAUCCGACCGAACAGCUCAGAGUUCACAUGUGGUUGGUUUGUUGUUGAAGAGCAGCUCCUCUUACUCAGAGAGCAGUCCUUUCACAAUAAAAGCCUCCCUCUGGGUUCCUGGUGGAAGCUUUUAUUGUGAAGCAGCAGAAGAUGAGCCCGACCUGCUCGUCAGCCAGAAAACAAUGAAACUAGGAAAUGUGGAGAAACCAAAGAUUUAAGCUCUGGAAGCAUUCAGGUUUAUUUUUAACUGUAAAAUGACCCAACAGUUAAAAUCUGGUCACAAAACAAUCAGUGGUUUCACGUUUUCUUUGUUAAACUCUCAGAUAUCGGCCUCAGAAACCCUGCAGGGUUCUAAAGUACCUGAACUCUGACUCAUCUGAAACCAACAAACCUCAGAGACUCAGGAUGAAGGCUUUUAGAAACAGAAGAGACGGAUGUGAAGACGUUUACUGUUGUUCUGUGCUCAACACAUUUUAAUGCACACGUGGGAAAAUCUGCUGACCAAUCAGAGCAGACCAUCGGGGGGGAUUUGAAGAGACAGUGUUUGAGACAGAGGCUGAGGAGAGGACGCUGAGCAUUAGAGCAUGAACACAUUUCUGAAACCUUCCUGUGAUUUAUUCAACAGGGAAAAUAUACAUUUAGGAGAUAAAAUGUGUUGUUACAUAAAGUUUGACUUUAGUGUUUUCAUCUUUAAGGUGAUUCAAGUUGUGUUGUUUUCAUUUAGAGACACAAACUGUCUGUUUGAUUUAAUGAGACAAAUCUAACUCAGUAGAAUCCCAGCUUCCUCUUCCUUCACAUCCCAGUGUUCCACUGAUCCCACUUCCCACGUCUCACUGAACUCUUUCUUUGUGACGCUGCCCUCGUCUCACGAUCUGAUGAUUCUGAGGUUCCAGGUGAUUCUGGCCACGAAGCCUCUAAAAGCCAUAAAGACUUUUCAGCUUUUCUCCUCCUUUAUUCUACUGUGUCCUCACAUAUUUAUUGACUAAUAUGAAAUAUUCCCUCAGAGAAUUUAUAUCACUGGUCACUAACACUGAGCUGAACGACUCGGCUUUUGUAUACAAUGAUGUCGACUUGUAUAAAACUACUUCCUGUC